UGUUAUAUUACGUGAACUUUGUUCGUAGCCGGUUGUUGUAGUUGAUAAGGCAAUAAAUCAAUAAAUGUUUUAGAUGUAUUGAACAAACAAUAGAUUUAUUAUUUAUUCACUGUUACGAUUCCGAAGUGAAUAGGCGUAAUGGCAGAAUUUUUUAAAGGUUUAUUGUUAUCGGUUUUAACUGAGAAAUGUUACGAAGAAUAUUUCGAGAAAUUCAACUUUCUCGAUGGUCCUUGUAUGACCGCGACCCUUAGCAAAGGUCUCGGAAUCGGUAUCAUUGCCGGCUCGAUCCUUGUGAAAGUUCCUCAAAUAUUAAAGAUUUUAGGCAGUAAGAGUGCAGAGGGCAUCAAUAUUUAUGGAGUGUAUUUGGAGUUGUUUGCUAUCACAGCGAACUUUGCAUACAGUUGUGUUAUGGGAUUUCCAUUUAGUGCAUGGGGAGAAGGCACAUUCUUAGCAAUACAAACAGCCAUUAUUGCAGCACUUGUAUUGCACUAUGGAGGAUCAACAGGCACGGCUGGCCUCUUCUUGGCCACUUAUGCAGGCAUUGUCUCUGCUCUAGUCAGUGGUUUCACACCCACAGAUGUUUUGUGGACCAUGCAGGCUGUAAAUGUGCCUAUUAUUGUAAUUGCAAAGUCUAUUCAAGUAAUCACGAAUUACAAGAAUGGUAGUACUGGACAAUUAUCAGCGAUUACGUGUCUGCUGCUCUUUGGAGGCAGUAUAGCUAGAAUAUUCACGUCUCUGGUGGAAACUGGAGACUUUAUUAUCAUUGUCACAUACUGCGUGUCCACUGUGGCUAACGGCGCUAUAGUAGCGCAACUCUUCUGGUACUGGAAUGUCGGAAAGGGAACUCAAACCAAAAAUAAGAAAAAGAAGAAACAUGCGUAAUUUUUAACAACAUUAAAUAUUUUUAUGUGGAAGUGUUAAUAAAAACAUUUAACCUCAG